UCCUUCUUAGUCCAAUCCUACUUCUCCUGGCGUAUCAGUAAAAAUGUGGGUGGCGUUACCGGUGAUGCUGAUUAGUUUGCUUCAAUCUGGUAUGCAACACAAUAUACAUUUGCCAGUGCAUUCGCUUGCCAGUUGGGCCCGAACUUCAACUAUCGGUUUCUGCGCAUCUCAGGCCGCCGCAGAUACGUUGAUAGCAGCAAUGAUGAUCGUCCUGUUGCAUCGUAGACGAACUGGAUUCUCAAGAUUCCCUAGGACGGACAGAGUGAUAAAAAUUCUGAUUAGAUACGCGAUUCACACCGGCGCAGUUACAAGUGUCGUCGCUUUGACGAUAUUAAUUUCUUUUCUUUGGUAUGAUGGAUAUCACUUCUUGACGAUGUCUUUUGUGGUGGUUAGUUCAGGAAUCACCUUUCCCCCCCUGCAUGCCCGUAGUCAUGCUCGAAGACGCCUAUUACCAGGGUCCAGAGAAGGUGUUGCUCAGUCGAUUCACCUAUCCAAAAUAUCAACCACGGUACGACUUUUCGUACCCCGUGGAUUCUUAUUUGGGCGGCGGCAAGAUGCAAACUGACAAUAAGCAUUUAAAGUCCAUACCAUCUCGUUCGCGUCAUGUAACAAGUUCACUGGCUUGUCUUAUUGGCCGCUAUUCACGGGUGCUAUCGUUCCGUUAGAUACUGUGCCUAAAACAUACAGCAAUUAAUUGCCUUAGUCAAUCCCUGGUUCCGGCUUACUUUCUUCCUCGCCGUUCGAUUCGCCCCGAAACUCGCCCACAGUGUCUGCUAUGUGAAGUGUAGUAUUCUCGAAG